UUUUGACGUCGAGCUUUCAAGUCCUAACGGCCCCCGAAUAAAAACUACCCGGGUCUGUCACCGCAUUUGCUACCCCCAAUCCCAGCCGACGUAUCUUCUUUUUUUUGUCUUUUUCUUCAUUUGAGGCGCGGUAAGCAGCCCGCAGCCAACAAUUAGUCAAAAUGGUGUCGGUCAUCCGCCGCAUGAAUGUAUUGAAGCGAAAGCUCUACAGCAUAAGACAUGGCCCCGGCGCCGCGCAGCUGCCGCCGGAGAUCGCCCGCCUGCACUUUGAGUUCCCCAUGACCAGGAGUCUAGCCGAGCUGGGACCAAGGAAAUUCUGGCGUCACUACCUCCCGCAACUAAAAUACCACAACCCCUCUGUGCCCAUGAUCCUGAACCGGUUCCCCGACACGCCAGAGCAGCCCAAGCCUGCCCUGCUUUCCAUCUACCUGCGCACACCCAGCACGCCCACCACCAGCACCACGCCGUCCCGCAAGGCCUCGCAGCCGCAGCAGAUUGCCGACCUGAAAUCCGCCACCGACGGCUCUAGCCCGGCCCCGGCGCCGCUCCAAGACGAGACGGUCGUGACCAUUGACGCCACCCACCUCAAGGCCAAGGCGAUCCUCAAGGAGCUGCUGGUCAAGACGGGAGCGACACCCGCCCCUGGACCGACGGCGCAGGAGCUGGCCGAAAAGGCCGAGCUGGACGCGCUCGAGGCCCAGUCUGAGGUCGACAGGCAGGUACAGAUCAAGUUCAGGGAGCAGCAGAAGCUGGAGAAGGCCGCGCUCGACAAGGUCAAGCGCGAAGCGGCCGAGAUGAAGGCUGCGGCCAAGGAGAUGUAAGUUUCGUUGAGAUAGAGAGACAGGGGGAAGGGAGGGGGGAGAGAGAGGAUGUAACCACACGGAAGGGUUGUGGUUGAGGAUGCGGAGGCUUUUGAAAACAACAAAAAUCCUGUACAAAAAGGGAAUGAGAACGAGAGAUACAGAAGGGGAUCAGGGAAUUCUGGUCGAGUGUCACGAAUAUGAUACGAGCGGAGUAGAAAGGAAGCCGCUUUCACCUGUAAUAUCAAAUCAUCACACCGGAAAUCCCCUUUUCAGCUGGUGCAAAGACUGCAUGAGAUUGACCUUGAUUCAAGCCUUACUGAAAAUGGGCCGCCGGUGGAAACUACCAUAACCCAACAGGAAGCAUCAGACGGGAAGUUGAAGGCACUACAGCCAAAACACAACAAUGUUACAC